AUGAUGCAAAGGUGGCAGCAACCUCUCCUACUGCUGUGUGCGACCGCAGUGGUAGCCAUGAAUGUCCUGGGAUAUAUGGCUGAGGCAGCAAAAGAGGACACACUGGAGGUAAAGAACUUCACCAACAAGCUUCUGCAAGUCAUUCCUCAUAAUGGCAACAGCUCCUCUGUUGUUAAGCUGAUCAUUGACGGGAACCUGAUCACUCUGAAUGAGGGGGAUCAACAUGCCCUGGCUAGUUAUCCCACCCUGGUAGAACUCAACACGGAUGCUAACCGGGUGAAUGAAGUACCAGCCAAGUUCUUCUCUGUGGUACCACACCUCAAAGUGCUAACUCUGUCCAGGAACAACAUCAGCCGCCUGGAUCCCGAGGCUUUCUUUGGCCUAGAUGUCCUGACAGAGCUGGACCUGUCCCACAACCUGCUGACAAGUCUUCCUGCACAGCUUCUCAGAGGGCUAAACAAUCUACAGGUGCUGAAGCUACAAGAAAACCCCUGGAAUUGUUCCUGCCCACUGCUGAUCGGCAUUGGAGAGGUCAUAGCAGCAAAUGUUAGCAUUGGGGGACCGCGAGUCACCUGUGCUUCUCCAGAGAAUCAGGCUGGAAAUGAUGUUUUAGAGGCAACAGCUGGGUGUUACCCAACACAAUCACCCACCUCCUCUACAGACCCACAAAAACCACCAACACGUGUCAACUCCCAACAGCCUUGGGGUUCGUCCACUAUGCUGAAGACCACACUGUCGUCAAGCAAGAACCACAGCAUAAGCAAAGACCAGACCCCUGUGCUUGGCAACACAUGGAAGUUCACAGCAUGUGUUGCAGCCUUGGGCCUAACUACAUGCAUGCUCAUCGUAUGCGCCAUCAAGGGACCUUCCUGGUACAAGCUUUUCCACAACUACCGUCAUCGGCGGCUAGACCAGGAGGAGGAUGAGGGGGAGGACACUGUGUCAACGGUCUUCUCAGAGAACGGGAGAUACCUCAACCAUCAGACAUUCACUUUCCAGCAAGAGAACUGGCAAACAGAGGAAGAGGAGGAGGAGGAAGAUGGGUAUUUUGAGGAUCCAUACAUUAAGAGGGAAGAGUGACAUGCAGGAGCGGGGAAUUUAGCUGAGCCAUGACGAAACACACUGCAGCUUCAAACACAAGAAGAGGAGG